GAGGGGUGUUUUGUCCUCUCCGGGCCUCCGUACAGAUGUUUUCAUCAGCUGAUUCCUCCCUUCACUCUUCUUUUUCUUGUCAUAUGAGAGCUAACGGGCUAAAGUAACAGUUACCAUGGAGGCGGGUCGGUCCGCACCGGGGCAGCGACGUGGUGUCACCGGACAACGAUAACAUCCGUCCACGGUGACUCCCCCCCUCCCCCCCCCCCCCCCCAUCUAUACCCGUCCAGCUUGCAUUCGCGGUCGCUCGGGUGUCUCAGGGGACUUUUGCCCUCUUUUAUCUCCGCCGCGGCUCGCGCUACCGGGUUUAGCCUGUUAGCUGACUGUUAGCUAGCCAGUUUCCCCCGGGCUAACUCACUCUCCACCUGGACGGGCAUGUGCGAUGGCAUCGGUUCGGGUGGCAGUCCGGGUCCGGCCCAUGAACAGAAGGGAGAAGGACUUGACUGCAAAAUGCAUCAUCAAGAUGGAGGGAACCAAAACCUCCAUCACCAACCUGAAGAUCCCCGAUGGCAUCGCGGCGGAUUCCACAAGAGACCGAACCAAAACCUUCACGUACGACUUCUCCUACGACUCGAAGGACUGUAAGAGCUCCACCUUCGUGUCGCAGGAGAAGGUCUUCAAAGACCUCGGCUCGGACGUGCUGCGGGCGGCGUUCGAGGGCUACAACGCCUGCGUCUUCGCCUACGGUCAGACGGGCUCGGGGAAGUCCUACACCAUGAUGGGGAAUCCGGGCGACGCAGGCCUGAUCCCCAGGUUUUGUGAAGGCUUGUUCAGUCGCAUCGCCGCGGCGACGCGAUGGGACGAAGCUUCCUUUCGUACGGAAGUCAGCUACCUGGAGAUCUACAACGAGAGGGUGAGAGACCUCCUCAGGAGGAAGUCCACUCAGACCUACAACCUCAGAGUCCGGGAGCACCCGAAAGACGGGCCCUACGUAGAAGAUCUGUCCAAACACCUGGUGCAGAACUACAGCGACGUGGAGGAGCUGAUGGAGGCCGGAAACAUCAACCGCACCACCGCCAGCACGGGCAUGAACGACGUCAGCAGCCGCUCGCACGCCAUCUUCACCAUCAACUUCACGCAGGCUAAGUUCGAUGCGGAGAUGCCCAGUGAGACGGUCAGUAAGGUCCACCUGGUCGACCUGGCCGGCAGCGAGCGGGCCGACGCCACCGGAGCGACGGGCGUCCGGCUGAAGGAAGGAGGGAACAUCAACAAGUCGCUGGUCACCCUCGGCAACGUCAUCUCCGCUCUCGCUGACAUGACGCAGGACGGCGUGAACACCAACCUGAAGAGGAAGUCGGUGUUUGUUCCCUACAGGGACUCGGUGCUCACCUGGCUGCUGAAGGACAGCCUGGGCGGCAACUCCAAGACCAUCAUGAUCGCCACCGUGUCCCCCGCCGACGUGAACUACGGCGAGACGCUCAGCACGCUGCGCUACGCCAACCGGGCCAAGAACAUCAUCAACAAGCCCACCAUCAACGAGGACUGCAACGUCCGCCUCAUCAGGGAGCUGCGGGCCGAGAUCGUGCGGCUGAAGCUGCUGGUUCAGGGGAACCAGAUCGCUCUCCUGGACUCGCCCACCGCUCUGAGCAUGGAGGAGAAGCUGCACCAGAACGAGGCCCGGGUGCUGGAGCUGACCAAAGAGUGGACCAACAAAUGGAACGAGACGCAGAACAUUCUCAAGGAGGAGACUCUGGCGCUGAGGAAGGAGGGGAUCGGCGUGGUGCUGGACUCCGAGCUGCCCCACCUCAUCGGCAUCGACGACGACCUCCUCAGCACCGGCAUCAUCCUGUACCACCUGAAGGAGGGACGGACGUACGUGGGCCGAGACGACGCGUCCACCGUGCAGGACAUCAUCCUCCACGGUCUGGACCUGGAGAGCGAGCACUGCGUGUUCGAGAACCAGAGCGGGAAGGUGACCCUGGUGCCGCUGGGCGGGGCCCAGUGUUCCGUUAACGGGGUCCAGGUGACGGAGUCGUCGCAGCUCAACCAAGGCGCUGUGAUCCUUCUCGGCAGAACCAACAUGUUCCGGUUCAACCAUCCGAAGGAGGCGGCCAAGCUGAGGGAGAAACGGAAGAGCGGCCUGCUCUCCACCUUCAGCCUCUCUAUGACGGAUCUGUCCAAGUCGUGUGAAAGCCUCUCCACCGUGAUGCUCUACAACCCCGGUCUCUUCGCUCAGAAGGGCCCCGUCUUCCUCAGGCUGGAGUUUGAGAGACAGCAGCGAGAAGAACUGGAAAAGCUGGAGCUGAAAAGGAGGCUGAUCACAGAGAUGGAGGCAAAGCACCAGAGCGAGAAGGCAGAGCUGGAGCGCCUCCAGCAGGAGGUGGAGAGUCAGCGCAAGGAGUCGGAGGAGGUGCAGCAGCGGAUCCUCCACCAGGAGGAGAGCCUCCGCCGCCGCAGCCAGGACAUCGAGAGCCGCCUGCGAGACUUCCUGGCCGAGAAGGAGCGCUUCGAGGAGGAGAGACGCUCGGAGAUCCACGCGCAGGUUUCAAAGGGGAAGCGCCGGCAGCAGGAGGCGCAGGAGGGGGAAGCCGAGGAGGAGGAGGAGGAGGAGCAGCAGCGGCGGCGGCGGCAGGAGGCCGCCGAGCAGGCCGAGAUCUAUCGUGAGCUGGAGCGACUGAAGAGGGAGCGCGAGGAGCAGAAGCUCCGCCUGGAGACGGAGCGCCGGCGCCUGGAGGAGCAGGAGCGCGAGCAGCUGAGCCUGGUGGGGCGCCUGGAGGAGCAGCUGAGGGAGAAACACGAGGCAGCCGCCUCCCUGCUGACCCGGGACGACGCCCGGCGCCUGGAGGAGGAACGUCGAGCCCUGGGCGAGAUCAGAGAGGCCCUCCUCCGCGCCAAAGAGGCCUCCGAGCGGCCCAACGGGGAGGACGCCGGCGAGGAGGCGAGAUCGGCCCAGGCCCGGUACACGGACUUCAAGGAGGCGCAGGUGAAGGAGCUGGGCCAGCUGGAGGAGGGGCUCCGGCAGCAGAGGGAGCGCCUGGAGAAAGAGGUCGCGGCCGAGCGCGGCGCGCUGCUGCUCCUCGCCCACGGCGUCCGGGGGCGGCAGCAGCAGCAGCCGAAGGAGGCGCAGGAGGGCGUCUGCCAGGAGGAGCCGCUGGUCAGGCAGGCGGAGCAGCGGCUCCAGUUCAAGGAGCGGCAGCUGGCCAGCGUGGCCGACGCCCUCCUCCCGGCGCUGGCCGAGGAGAAGCAGCGGGCGGCGGAGGCGCUGGAGCGCAGCGGCGGCGGCAGCAACGGGAACUGCGACAGCCCGCCGGGCCUCGACAACACGCUGUUCCAGGUGGAGAAGGAGCUGGAGGACAAGGAGGAGAAGCUGAACCUCCACUGGCACGGCGCCCAGCAGCUCCAGCAGCUCCAGGAGACCUACGAGUUCACGGCCAACGUGGCGCGGCAGGAGGAGAAGGUGCGGCGGAAGGAGAAGGAGAUCCUGGAGUCGAAGGAGAAGCAGCAGCGGGAGGCGAUGGAGCAGGCGGUGGCGCGGCUGGAGAGGAGGCACUCGGCGCUGAGGCGCAGCGCCUCCCUGGAGCCCGACGGCGAGGAGCCGACCAAGAACCCGAGGCCGGGCGCCGACCUGGACCAGCAGAGGGUCGAGCAGGAGAUCCAGGAGCUGAGGCAGCGGAUGGGCGGCGAGGAGGAGAAGACGGGUCACGGCGGCGGCGGCGGCCCCCCGGUGGGCCACGGCCUGAGCGCCGUGCUGCCGCUGUCCGACGACAGGAUCAGCGCCUACAUCGAGGAGGAGGUCCAGAGGCGGUUACGCGAGAUGAACCUGCUGAAUGGCGGCGGCGGCGGCAGCAGCGCCGACCUUUCUCUGUCCUGUGAAUCGCUCCGAGAGGAGGAGGAGGAGGAGGAGGAAGCAUUUGACUGUAGGAGAUUAAGCGCUGAGUCUGGUUGUUUUCAGGAUGAUGAAAAGCUUCAGAACAUGAAUCCAAGGAGGCUUAAAUAUGAGAAAGCCUGCGGGUUUCAGCCGGGCUCGACCCUCGAGGCGAAACCCCCGUUUGACCUCCCCAAAAACAUGUUGGAUGAACCAGAGUUCAACCUCUCAAAGACGCACAAAGAAGAAGAAUCCAUCACAGAAGAGGAGGUGCCGUCCAAAGACGGUGAAAAGAACUACUGGUGGCACGGCGGUGAACCGGAUCGCCGCGGCGAUGAGACGUCGCACUCGGAGAUCGAGGAACGAAGAGUGAACUCUGCCCGCCGCGUUCCCGAUGGAGAUGAAAAGCUGCCCUCAGAGGACACGGAACCGCGCCGCCGUCCCAACUCCGAGGAAUCGGGUGUUGGCCGAAAGAAACGAGACGAAGUGGCAGCAAGCGGCGCCUUUGGUCUGCGGUAUUUCACCGGAAGGCUGUCCGACGCGUACGAAGACGCCGGCAGAAGGCUGCAGAGCACGCGGGAGAUUCUCCAGAAGGUGUCGGUGCAGGAGAUCCUCCAGAAGGUGUCUGUGGGGGACGUGAAGGAGGUGCUCGCUCAGUGUGUGACCACGAUGUCCGCCGAGCUUCACCGACUGCGGCUUCAACCGGAGCCCGAGCGCCGCGUGGCGCCGCCCGCCCUCGGGCCCCCUCAGAGUCUGGGACCCCCUCAGAUUCUGGGCCCCCCUCAGAUUCUGGGCCCGGGGGUCUCGGCGUGGCCUCGGGGCUCCGUGUCCUCUCUGAAGGGGACGCGUCCCGAGGUGUUCCGGCAGCGGCUGGUCCAGCUGCCGCCGGCUCUGUCUCGGCUGCGCUCGCUGCCCCCCCGCGAGGCGCUGCGAGCGUCGGCGGCGCUCGGCCCCGGAGCGGACGUCGGCGAGCUCGUGGCCGUCUUCUGGCUCCAGACCGCCGGCGCCGAGCAGCCGCUCCCGAAUCCCGGCUGCCUGCUUUUGUCGGAAACGGACAUAGUGGUUCUGUCCAGCGGGACGAGGCCGGACGCCGGCGUGGUUCUGCGUCACCGCUGUCGCCUGCUGGACGUCGAGGAGGUGCAGGUCGGUCUGGCCGGGCAGCACGUUCGCCUGAUUGGCCGCUCCGGGGACGCCGCCCUGGUCGUGUUGACCCGCAGCAAAGAGCUGACUCAGGAGUUCUGCAGAGCGUUGCUGAAGCUCCGCUCCCCGGGGGGCGCGCCCCCCCGAGGGAGCGAGGACGGCCCGCUGCUCUCUGGCGACCUCAUGGUCCUGUCCCUGGAUUGGACGUCCAGCGUCCCCGACGUCGUCCUGGACGCCGGCCUUCGCCUCACCUCCGGAUUCAAGCGGGCCCUCGCCGACCUGCUCUACAUCGUCCACGGCAACAUGGACGGCGCCGGCAGGCCGUCGCUGGCGCACGUUUGUCCGCUGCUCUACACCAGCGUGAAGGUCCAGGGCGCCGGCGAGACGGAGCGCCGCCCGGACGCCAUCCUGCAGCUCCUCCUGACGGACACGCACGUGGCCCUCCUGCGGGAGGACGCCGUCUUCCACCCGGUCCCCGCGGGGCCCCAGUUCCGGGCCCUCGACCUCCGCCGGCGCGCCGACGUCGGGCGCCUGUUCGUGAGGACGAGCGACGACUGCGUCGCGGUCGACAUCGACUUCGCCCGAGCGCGGCGGGCGGAGUCCAUGCGGCGCUCGGCGGCCUCCAGCGCCGGAGGGCCGAGGGACCGCUGGAAGUUAACGUUCGGUUGCACCGCCGAGGCCGUGAUGCUGAUCAACCACCUGACCGCCUGAGAGGAGGAGGGAGAACACGGCGUUCCUUUCAGGGUCCGUUUCCCGCCACGUGGAGAAUGAAAAGUGGACCCAUCUGGAGGGACGAGAAGAUGCUCGGAUCAGAACGUCUCUCAGCAUUUAGGAAAGUUCUUCAAGGCCAUUAAUCUGUGGAUGAUUUUUUGCUAAAUGUAAUUCUGUCAAAUUUACAGGUUUACAGGAACAUUAUGAUGCUAGAAAUCAACUUUUUGACAGAAUUGUGAGAAAAUUAGAGGAUUUGUAAUAAUUUAAAGUGAAUGAAAUAUGUUUAAUGUGUCAUAAAAUGUACUGAAAACAUGUGAAUGUGUUAAAUAAAUAAAUAAUAAAGA